AUGCAACAACAACAACAACCAAAUGGAACUUCAAUACCCAACAACUUUCAACAAGCAAUUAAUUCCAUUACCUACCCCCAAUUACAACAACAACAACCAUUAUAUUUCGAAACAACAAAUUCAACAACAAAUAAUUCUGAAAAUUUUUAUUCAAUGCAACUUCAACCUUAUCAAACACAACAAAUCCAAACUGGAGAGUUACUCGAAACAAAACAACAAAAAAGUUCUUCUGAACAAUUUAAUGUAAAUAAUGAAAAUAUAAUUAAAAAAAAAGGCCCUGGACCAGGAAGACCACCAAAAAUAAAAAUUGACAACAAUAAAAGGGAGGAUGUUGCUGGUUGCAGUAAUAAUAUGUAUGAAUAUAAUACGAGUAUUCUAAAACCUGAUCAAAUGCAAAUGCUUUCACUUGACGCUAAAUCUGCAAAUAAUAUUAGUAUGGUUGGAGGAAAUACUACACAAGUAAUUAUAAAGAACUAUCAGAAUAUCAGAAUUUAG